AAGCAAGGGGAAAAAGAAAGGAAGAAAGAGAAGGGGGAGAGGAGGAUGGGGAGUUGUGGGUCAGAGGGCACACGUUAUGCUCAGGCAAUCCAUGUGCCCACAUGGAUAGAUGGAGCGAGAAGAGAAGGAGAGGGGCUGACUGCUGGUGCUGCAGAGGAGCAGUGAGAGAAAGAGGGAAAGAAGGAGAAGAACAAGGAGUAGAAGUGGAAGAAUAAGGAAGAAAUAAGUUACCCAUCACACCCAACAGCCGUUUAUAGUAUCAUUUUUGCUUGACAUCGUAACUGGGUGCACCGGUUCUUUGCUCUUUCCUUUUCUCUCCAUUUGUGUUUCAUUUGGGGUUUGUCUGGGCGAGGGGCUUCUGGUGCAAGGAUGAUGAAGGAGGGCGACGGGUUUGUGAGGGCGGAUCAGAUCGAUCUGAAGGAACUGGACGCGCAGUUGGAGAGGCAUCUCAGCAGGGCAUGGACGAUGGAAAAAAAUGCAGAGAAGAAGCCCAAGCAAGAGUGGGAGAUCGAUCCUGAUAAGCUGAUCAUCAAGACUGUUAUUGCCAGGGGCACCUUCGGAACAGUUCACAGGGGAAUCUAUGAUGGACAAGACGUUGCAGUUAAGUUGCUUGACUGGGGAGAAGAAGGAAGUAGGAGUGAGGCUGAAAUAGCAUCCCUUCGGGCAGCAUUUACUCAAGAAGUAGCUGUCUGGCACCAGCUUGAUCAUCCUAACGUCACAAAGUUCAUUGGAGCAACCAUGGGCACUUCGGAGCUGAAAAUUCAAUCAGAGAAUGGUCAUGUUGCAAUGCCAAGUAAUAUUUGCUGUGUUGUUGUUGAGUACCUUCCAGGGGGUGCACUCAAGACAUACCUUAUAAAAAACCAUCGGAGGAAAUUGGCUUUCAAAGUUGUUAUCCAGAUAUCUCUAGAUAUUGCAAGAGGGCUGAGUUAUCUUCACUCAAAGAAGGUUGUUCACCGAGAUGUUAAGACAGAAAAUAUGCUUUUGGACAAGUUGCGCACGGUGAAAAUUGCUGAUUUUGGUGUUGCACGUAUGGAGGCUCAAAAUCCAAAUGACAUGACUGGGGAAACCGGAACACUCGGCUACAUGGCACCGGAGGUCCUUAACGGAAACCCAUAUAAUAGGAAAUGCGAUGUAUACAGUUUUGGCAUUUGUUUGUGGGAAAUAUAUUGCUGUGACAUGCCGUAUCCAGAUCUGAGUUUUUCUGAAGUGACAUCUGCGGUUGUGCGCCAGAAUCUGAGGCCAGAGAUACCAAGAUGCUGCCCGAGCUCUUUUGCGAAUGUAAUGAGGAGGUGCUGGGAUGCAAAUCCAGAUAAACGGCCUGAGAUGGAUGAAGUGGUUUCCCUGUUGGAAGCUAUUGAUACCUCUAAGGGAGGAGGCAUGAUUCCUGUUGAUCAGCAGAAUGGCUGCUUAUGUUUUCGCAAGCGCCGUGGACCAUAAACAUGUUCAAUUGAAUUUUCUAUUGGUAGCCUUGAUUUGUCUAAGUAGGCUCCUAGAAAAUGGUCUCCAUAUUAGGGAAUGUUUUAUUUGGUCUGUUCCAAAUUGGUGGCUUAUACUGAGCUGACAAAAGCUGCAAAAGCCUCUCUUCCCUCUAUGAUAUUAUGAUAAUGUAUAGUUUUUAAUUUCAUAAUUUGCUAAUGAUAUUGAUGAGUUUGCUCUCUA